GUUUGUGGGGCACUUCAAUAUAUAUAACAAUACAAAUUUAGUGUGGGGUAUAUCAUUCAUAUAUUUAUCCAUAAUAUCUUUGUAGAAAGAAAAUCCCACAAAUAAAAUAAUCCAAAAUCUUCCACGAUAACCAUUAUAAAUAACAGCUGAUCCAAGCAUAUGUUCAACACAACCUAAGCCUUUCUCAUUACAAAAAACAAAACUUAGUUACGAACUUUCUUGAUCAUCGCAAAUGGAGAGAAUAAGAGAUUUGUCGUCGAAGAAAGCGGCGGUGAUAUUCACAAAGAGCUCAUGUUGCAUGUGCCAUAGCAUCAAGACGCUAUUCUACGAACUAGGCGCUAGUCCGGCAAUCCACGAGCUCGACAAAGACCCCGAAGGCCGCGAAAUGGAGCGAGCCCUACGUGCCCUUGGCUCAUCGAACCCGGCGGUUCCAGCUGUUUUCGUUGGAGGAAGGUACAUCGGAUCAGCCAAAGACAUCAUCUCAUUCCACGUCGACGGGUCGCUCAAGCAGAUGCUUAAAGACGCUAAGGCCAUUUGGUUAUAGCGUCCGAUCAUCGUACAUGUAUGUAUAUAUCUAUAUGUAUAUGUAUGCACAUGUAAUUGUGUCAAUAAUCGAAGUGCUAAAAGCGCAUAUAUGAUAUAUAUAAUCGGGAAGGAGCAUAGAUGUAUUAAAAUGCUUUGCUUCCUUCGCGUGGAGGUUAUUGUAUAAUAAGUUAUAUACAUGUAUAGAUGUAUAUAUGUAUGUUGAGUCACGUACGUACAUUGUACGGAUGAAAAGACAAGUGUACAUUUAAGCACUGUUGUAACAUUAGUGUAGAAUUCCACGUAAUUAAUUAAGAGUAAACUCAAAUCUUAAAA